AUGUACGCUCCAAGAUCGCGAGAUGUUGAGCCUCGAUUCAUUCUCACUCUCGACAACCUGUCGUCAACCUCUUAUAAUGGGACUGUCUACCUUGAUGGAAACGGCGCUCAGGCAGUCCUAGACUUUGGACGCGAGGUUGGUGGUAUUACUUCCCUAAGCUACGCCAUCAAUGGCACAGGGCAAUUGGGUUUGGCAUGGAGCGAAUCUAAGAACUAUAUUGGGAAGAUGUCAGACAGUUCAAACGGACUGAACGGAUAUGAUCACCCUGACGGGCAUCUGAUCGUCAACUUUACGAGCAGUAGCUCUGGAUUCUAUGAGGUGCCAUUGGAACAGAUGCGGGGCGGUUUCAGGUAUCUGACACUCUUUCUUCUGACCACCGACGAUGCUGCAAUCGAAAUAAACGACAUCAACCUCGAGAUAAGCUUCCAGCCCACUUGGGCGAAUCUCCAGGCUUAUCAGGGGUAUUUCUACUCUAGCGACGACAUGCUCAAUAAGAUCUGGUACAGCGGAGCCUAUACCCUCCAGACGAAUAGCGUGCCCGUGAACACCGGCCGGCGCGUCCCUUUUGUAACUUCUGGAUGGGCCAAUGACGGGAUUCUUGGAAAUGGAAGCACCAUAAUCGUCGAUGGCGCAAAGAGAGAUCGCGCCGUGUGGCCGGGCGACAUGGGGAUUGCUGUCCCAGCGGCAUUUUACAGCCUAGGCGAGCUGGAUAGUGUUAAGAAUGCGUUACAAGUCAUGUAUGACUUCCAGAACAGUGACGGCUCUUUGCCAGAAGCCGGCCCACCUUUGUUACAACAAGGCAGCGACACCUACCAUAUGUGGACUAUGAUUGGGACAUGGACGUAUGUCCUGUACAGUAACGACACGGGCUUCCUAAGCAACAAUUGGGGCCGUUACACAGCCGCGAUGAAUAAUGUCUACGGGAAAGUACUAGACUCAGGUUUGCUGAACGUAACCGGAACGAGGGACUGGGCAAGAUGGCAGCAAGGCUGGAACAACAGUGAAGCGAAUAUGCUGCUUUACAAAACGCUCUCUACAGGCGCGGAACUCGCAAACCUAAUGAAUGAGGCCGAGCUGAGCUCUUCGUACGAGAACCGCGCUCGGAGAUUGAAGACUGCCAUCAACAAGCAUCUGUGGGAUUUGGACCAUGGCGCCUUCAAGGACAACGCUACAGAGACGAUGCUUCACCCACAAGAUGCCAAUUCUCUGGCCAUAUUAUUUAACGUAACCGACUCUGAGCAAGAUCAAGCUAUCUCAGAGCAAUUGACUGGCAACUGGAACGCCAUUGGUGCGGUAUCACCGGAGCUCCCCGGCCAGAUUUCUCCCUUCAUCUCGUCCUUCGAGAUCCAGGCGCACUUCCUCGCGGGCCAGGCCCCGCGAGCCCUGGAUCUCAUCCGCCGGAGCUGGGGAUGGUAUCUCAAUCAUGAGAAUGGAACGCAGUCAACCGUAAUCGAGGGGUACCUGGCAAACGGCACGUUUGGAUACCGCUGGAACCGUGGCUACUACAAUGACCCGUCGUAUACCAGUCACGCGCAUGGCUGGAGUGCGGGUCCGACAUCCGCCCUGACCAACUUCGUGCUGGGGCUCACAGUUACUGGACUUGCAGGAUCGGAAUGGACUUUGAUGCCGCAGUUUGGAAAUCUCACCUUCGCGGAGGGAGGCUUUUCGACGAGCUUGGGCAAGUUUCAGGCGGCCUGGGGUACUGCGCAAGGCAAUGACGGCUAUAACGUCACCGUAAGUACGCCCGAGGGAACUUCGGGUACUGUGCUGCUACCACUAUUAAACAAUACAACCGAGGCCAGAGUCAUGUUCGAUGGAGAGGCUUCGACGUGGACUGCAGGGACUGUGGGCAAGCUAAGAGGAUACGUGAAAGGCGUAGGAGGAGGAAACCACACAUUCAUAGUCUGCAGCCCCUAG